AUGUCCUCUGUUAGUGAUUAUCGCGAUGAGAUUCCGAAACGAUUACUUGAUCACUUACUUCUUGUUGAACGGAUUGUUCUGCAUCGAAAGAGUUCAGUGCUAGUUCUAUUAACCAGAGACCACCGGCUUAUGGAAGUUAAAGAGCGCGCAAUUUUGACUGCCAUUGAUUUGGCAGAAUAUGUUACCAAAACAGAAUCAAUAUCUCCCAUGUCCGGUUUGUUUGGAGGGGUUUCGCCACAGGACAACUCCGAACUUGUCGACAAGGAAGCAAUUGCACUGACAGUGUUCCGUUCAAACGAUGGCACCGAACGAAGGUUUUUCUAUCUUAUUGCCGUCAAUCGUAAACUGGUCGCUGCUGAAAGAAAAGAUCAGCCGGUUUUAAGGUUGGUCCAUGUAGAAACGUUUGAAAGUUACAUUAAGCAUGAGAUUACCGGACGAGAGGAACGUACGGGACUGCCUGUCGUUAGGAUUUAUGUUGAAUAUCAAUUGGAUCCGAUCGUUACAGACUUUCAGUGUUAUAAAAUCGAGGAUGCGAAAGAUUGUGCAAAUAAUUUUACCUGUUUUGCGGACACUCUGAAGACGUUGCGGGAGCAAACCAAUAAAAGCCGAGCAGAGCUGGCCUCGAUUCGUUCCAUGACGGGAGAAUUGUUCGAGAGGCUGAACGACAGCUACAAGCAAGUGCCGGGCUUGCUUCGAACGGAAAACCCCGACGAAAAGCGGCCACUGGUAAAGUACGGUGAUGUUUGGAUGAAAGUACACAACGAACAGCUGGUGCUAGGAUUUCCGGUUUUCAACUGUACGUACAAAAGGCGCCUUACGCUGAUUAAUUUGAAAUUGUUACUAAACAAUCGUUCAAAAAAUCAAUUCGAUUAUACGUUUAAAUUCUACCAGUUGGAAGACGAUGAUUUCGAAUUUAAAAACUACGAGCAAAUACUGCAAGCAGAGGAUAUCAUUUCGGAUGUACCACUUUUCCAGCAGGAAUGGGGUGUACCGAAGGUGAACGCGCUUCACGCCGAGCAAACGGCAGUUUUUGUUGCCACAAUGAAGCUUUCCUCAGCACUCGAUCAGCUCAAACACUCGACCGUCUUUGAAUGCUUUGUAAAUUACAACGUCGCUACGGUGGAGAAAGAUCUAUGCAAUCCCCUGCAGUUGUACAUUGGAAAUGUCGAAGUAACCAGAAAGGAUUUGUACAGCCAUAGCUUAGCAAUUACCUUCAAUGAUCAACGGUACCUAACCAAUGACCUGCUGGCCGUGACGGUAACUUCCGAGUUUCUGUCUCUCGAAAUCACAUUCCAGAAAAGUCCCUCCCAUGGCCUUGAUCGGUUUUGUAGGGAGGUGUUGAAAUUUAGUCCAGUCAACUUACCCAACGCCACCGAUCUACAGGAACUUCCAAAUAUAUUUUACUCCGCUGAUAGCGGGUAUUGGCAGGCCGUGCUGAUAAGAUUAGACGAGCUGAAAACGUUGAAACAAAAGAUAAAACUCUACGCUAGAUGCAAACAUCAAAUUGUGACGUUCAUACAAGCUGUUUAUUCCGAUUAUGAAGAACAGUGUUCUAUCGCUCUAUCAGCCAACCAAACUCCAUCACUGCUUGAGUUUAAAGAUAGUUUAUUGAAUGAACUUAAGGUUAAAAUUGAUAAUCCACUAGCCUUACAGGAGAUCCUUUCUCACGAACUGAAAACUGAUUGUAUCUAUUCUACACUAAAGAUAAACUGAAUCACUGUUACAAAACUUUACAUAGGAAUAUUCACGAGACCAUCACCGUUACCGUUGCCGCGAUUAUCUAUGCCAACAUGGAUGUUAACAUAUCGACCAAUCCGUUGACUUUCUUCACCUUCCUCGGGUUCAAGCUCAUCCCUUUUCAACGCUUCCUUUGGGGAUGAUUCAUGUGGUUGUUCUUUAACGGGCUCCUUCUCGUAUGGUUCCGGAUCCUGUUCGCCAUCUCCGUCGUGCAGGAUGUCAACGAAAACGGAAACUAGCGGAUCGUUCGAUGGAAAAUGAUGCGAAGAGCUGGACAGCACCG